AUGUUGAUGUUGAAGCCCAACAACAAAAACCGUCCGUUUCCGAAAGGGUUGAUAAGCGAUACCCUCACACCAGACCCUAUCAUCACAGUCCAGGAAAUUGAGGAUUCGGCGUACGAUACGAAACAGCUCCUCGACCAUGAAAAAUUGCUUCCGGGACAGUUCAAUCUAGGUCCUAAUUUUGUACCAUCUUUUGCAGACCAGGUAGAAGUGCUUAACAACCAUGUAGCCGCGGCUCGCAUCUCUAUGACCGGUGAGGUAGGCCUCAACCAAGAUUUCUUUGACACCGAACCCAAUUUCAUAAAUCUAAAGACUGCCAUCCGCGGGGUUUCAAAUGCGCGUCGGGCGAACUUCAGCAAGCAUAAAUUAGGUCAACUAUUUACAAAUUGGCGAAGUCAAGGAAUUACUCCAGUUUGCAAGACAGUCGUUGCAGUAGAUUCUACACCUUAUUUUGAUAUUGACACGGCCAUGACAAUAAGUGGCUCAGCCAACUCUGCAAUUGACGCGAAAACCGUUGUGGAUAGAAUUAUGGCUGGGGUUGGACCCCUGGUCCAAGACAAGACCGUUAGAAACCACGCAGCUGUUAUCAGCAGGCUAGACCAAUGGACAAGCGACCUUAACGCCCCUUGUUGA